UAUCACAAUUCAAACAAAACCCCAAUACGACACCGUUUAAUAGGUUCCUAAUCCUAACUACUUCUACUGAAAAUCGAAAGUAAGGGUUUUUCAAUUUCAUUCGAUAUGUCGUUUUAACAAACCCUAACCCCCUUUUCCCUCUUCUCUUUCCCUUUUCUCAAAUCACUCUCUUUCUCUCUCUCUACACAGUCCUAGAGAGAGAAAACAGGUACAGAAGGAGUGGUAGUAGUGGAGGACUGAGUGAGUAGUACAUUUUUGGAGGAAGUUGUAGUCUGUAACAGAAGACAAUGGACUCAGACGAAGGGAAGUUAUUCAUUGGUGGAAUAGCAUGGGACACGACGGAGGAGAAGCUCGCCGAUUACUUUGGUCAGUAUGGUGAAGUUACUCAAACUGUAAUAAUGCGUGAUAAGACUACUGGUCGACCUAGGGGUUUCGCCUUUGUUGUUUUCUCUGAUCCUUCUGUACUUGAUAAUGUUCUUAGCGAAAAACACACAAUUGAUGGUCGAGCUGUGGAUGCAAAAAGGGCUUUGUCAAGAGAAGAACAGACCUCCUCAAAAAGUGGAAACUUUUCUUCCAAUAGAAGCUCUGGAGGGGGAGGAAACUUUAAGACCAAAAAAAUAUUUGUUGGAGGGCUGCCUUCAACACUCACAGAAGAUGGAUUUCGGCAAUUUUUUGAAACUUUUGGCCAUGUAACAGAUGUAGUAAUAAUGUACGAUCAAAAUACUCAACGACCCCGUGGUUUUGGUUUUAUAACAUUUGAUACUGAAGACGCAGUUGAUAGAGUACUUUUUAAGAACUUCCAUGAGAUAAAUGGAAAACAAGUAGAGGUGAAACGAGCCCUCCCUAAAGAUGCAAACCCAGGUGGAGGCGGUCGUGGUGGAGGCUACCAAGGUUAUUCUGGUGGUGCCACAAAUACAUUUGACAGUAGAAUGGAUGGCAAUAGAUAUAUGCAACCUCAAACCGCUGGAGGUGGUUUUCCUCCAUUUUCAGGGUAUGGUGGUUAUGGUUACGGAGCAGCCAACGGUGCAGUUGGUUAUGGGGGAUACGGGGCGUAUGGUGUUGGCGGUUAUGGAGGUUCUGCUACUGGAUUUGGUGGCCCUGCCGGGUCCUAUGGAAACCCAAAUGCUCCUAAUCCUGGGUAUCUUAGUGGGGGGCCUGGUGCAAUGAAAAAUAAUUGGGCCAGUCAAACACCCACUGGGUAUGGUGCCUCAGGCUACGGUACAGCUCCUUGGGCCGCCCCAGGUGGUGGGGCUGCUUCUGCUCCUAGAGGUCAAUCUCCCAGCGGUGCAUCUGGGUACGUAAACCAAGGUUAUGGAUAUCCUAACUACAGUGGAAGCUACGGUCCUUACUCUGGCUCGUACCCUUCUAGUGGGCGUGCCCCAAAUAGCAAUGCUAGUGGUGGUGCCACAGGGGUAGAUCAACAAGGCAGUGGCGGUUAUAUGGGAAGUGGGUAUAGUGAGAACAAUGGUAAUUCAGGUUAUUCUAAUGCAGGAUGGAGAUCUGACCCUUCACAAGCUGCUGCUGGUUAUGGCGGUGCUCAGCCCCGGCAGGUUUAGUAGGCAGAAAACCCAAAGGUUUUACGCCCUUUGUUCGCUAUGGCAACAAUAGGUUUGAUUGCUUGAUUAUGAGUGGUAGCUUUUUCUUUUCACCCGUAGGUUUGCUAGUUUAUUUUGACUAAAAUUAUUAGAAAUAUUUGGAAAAAUUUGUUUCGAAGUAGUACCAUUUAUCUUCAGAUUCUUCUUGUUUCUUAUAGUUGUGUGUGCUUGUUACUAAUUUUGCAUUCUCCAUUAUCAUCC